AUGAAGGUGUCUGUAGCUAACAAAAAGGAAGGCAGAGUAGGCAAGAAAAUGGCAUAUACAGCCGAGCAAAUUAAGGCCAAGAUGCUGCAGCUAGGCUUGUUUCGUGCCCACUCCAAUGCCCUUCGUCCGAUUUUGACCAACGCGAACAAGUACUGCAGACUCAAGUUUGCCUUGAGCAUGGUCAAGUCUGACAUGCACCUUUCAGACAUGUUGACCUCCGUGCACCUUGAUGAAAAAUGGCUUUACCAAACAAAAACCACCCGCAAGUACUAUGUGGUGCCUGGCACGUGGCCAUUUGUCGAGUCCGUGCCUGCUCAACGUGCGAGCGUCAACCGCCCAGCCGGCACCUAUGAAACGAAGCUGCUGACGGUGACAAAAGACGUGUAUCGAGCCUUUCUUCUCGAGAAAGUCCUGCCCUUCUUUGUGGCGAGAUGGCCCAGCGCCAACAAGACCGUUAUGCUUCAGCACGACAACGCUCGCUCACAUGUAACCCCGAUGGACCCGCAACUCAAGGCAGCCUUCGACGAAUACGGCAAGGACGGCUGGGUCUUUCUCUUUCGCACCGCAGCCGCCAAACUCCCCGGGCACCAACAUCUUGGACAGCUUCUUUGCUGCGAUCCAGUCUCUACAACAGAAAAAGUCAGCCAAGAUGAUUGA